CCUAGAGCUCCCCGGGGCCACCCGCAGCCGGGCCGCGCUCCCUGCUCCCUUGGCGCAGGAGUUUGGCGCGGUUGCCAUGGCGACGCAGCGAUGGUGCCCGCACUCGGUGCCGCGCUCUGCGCCACUCGCUGAGCAGCUGGGAACACAAUGCCUGUUGUAAAAUACCCCAGGGCUGCAGAGCCUCGCUGGCAUGAAUGGGAGAGGAAAGCACAGAAAUGUGGAUUAAGACAUACAGUCUAUGCUGUAAAUGGGGAUCAGUAUACUGGAGAAUGGUUGGACAACUUGAAACAUGGUAAAGGCACCCAGAUCUGGAAGCACAACGGUGCUAUUUACAGCGGUGACUGGAAGUUUGGGAAGCGGGAUGGGUACGGCUCAUACAGCAUUCCUGACCCCGUGACCAAGGAAUACCAGAAGGUGUAUACGGGCUGGUGGAUAAACGACAAGAAAUGCGGCUACGGGACGAUGUUCUACCCCAGCGGGGAGCGCUACGAGGGCGAGUGGAGCAGCGGGCUGAGAAGCGGCUGGGGUCGGAUGUGCUACGGAGACGGCUCCAUCUACGAGGGGCAGUGGCUGGCAGACCGGCCGGGCGGGCAGGGGAUGCUGCGCCUGCCAAAUAAUAAUAGGUACGAAGGAGGCUGGAAAGAUGGAAAGAAGCACGGCCCAGGCAGAUUCUUCUACUUGGAAAAGGGACAAUUGCUUGAAGGCAUCUGGGUGGCAGAUAUACCAAAAUGUGGGAUUAUGAUCGACUUUAGCAGAGAUGAAGCUCCUGCCCCUACUCGGUAUCCAAUCCCAAAGAUUGAACUAGCUGAUCCUGACGGUGUUUUAGCAGAGGCCCAGGUGAUGUAUGAUGACAGCCAAAACGAAUAACGGGACGUUGAAGGAAAAAAGACGCAAGAUAAGAGCGUGCUCCUGGGCUACUUACUCAUCUGAGUGUCACGUCCUUGCUGCGCCCUGUCACCUCGUGGUCAGCCUCACCUGUCCUCCAGAACUGCCCCGUGUGCUUCACUGUGCAGGCGGCUUUGCUGCAGGCCUCCUCCCACCCUCUGUCAAUUAAAACACACUAAGCAACAAGCAAAUAAAAACCAUUUGCACCAGCAAA